GUCGCGAAAACGUGCUCGCGCCGACGAGAGCGAUGAUCUGGACCUCUUCCGGGACUUGCCGUUUGCCGAGGUGGCGGAGGUUGACGACCUAGAAGAGGAGGAACCCUUGAUCUGGGAACAGACGGCAUUCUCCACUACUGGUACGUCGUUCGUGGCGGACAUCCCCACCAGGCCCGGGAACGUCGCGGUGCGGGCCGUUUCCGUGAAGGGGAAGGGGGACGUGGUGAUGGUCGUCCCGGCGUCCCACUACCGCAAGGCCGUCGAAAUAUUCCGCAGGCGCCUCGACUAUGGCCUGCCGCCGGCGACAGACGGCAACGAAGAUGAGCCCCACCCUGGUGUCAUCCCCAGCAAGGACGCCCCCUCGUUCCAGCGCGCUAGUCGAAACGACGCCAUCAGGGCUACCCUCCGGACGAAGCAGCCGUACGGCGACGAGCUGCACAAGUUCCUCGCGCUUGGCAGCCUCUUUCACUGGGAGACGCCAGCAGAGCAGACCAAGAUGGAGGCCGCGUUUCCCGAGGCUCAAUCCCCCGAACACGCUGGGCUGUUCAAAAACGCGAACAACAUUGCGGUGCCGAGGCUUGUAGUUAGGGUAGUUCACGACUCGGGAGCAGGGAAGGAUGUUGACCGUAGCGGGCGUGUACAGGCUGACGACAAGGUACUGAUAACUUUCGACGGAGGAGUGAUCGGUGGGGCACAAAGGGGGGCGAGACGUACGGUCGUCCUCGGUUCGGAAGAAGACCAGAGACUGAACACCCCCGAAGUUGCCGCGACAACCGUCACCGACUCCACGAUGAUCAUCCCCCUGUACGACGCGUUCGUGCUCUCGGCCCGCAGCGACACGUUGUACCAGACAGGACCCUGGCUCAACAAGAACGUGGUUGGACUGGCGAAGGUACGAGGCCAACACGGGCUGUCGCUCGUCAAGACGAAGGAGGGGUCCACGCGUGGCGGGGAGCCCUGGGUGUACCUGGUCACUGUCAUCGGCAACUGGGAAUAUUGCUGGAGCGGCCCGUUCUUCGUGGCGAUGGUGACGCGAUGGGGUUGCUUCUCUGGCUACAAGAACCUUGGGAAGCACGACAAGACAACCCGCGGCAUGGAGGUCGGCCGAUCAGGGGACUUCUCGACCCCGGCAACCAAGGCGAUUGCCACGUUGAGGGAGGAGACAGUGAAGCACGCCGCCCACCAGCGGACGAUCGACAGCGGGCGUACACCACUCCGGGGUAACGUCAACUACACCGCCAAGGAGCGAGGGGCGGAAAAGAGCACCAACGAACGCAAGGGGGAAGGCGCAAACUCCUGCAACAUCACCGGCUGCUCGUGCGAGAGUGCCGAGGAGUGCACCUGCGUCGGCCACCAGCACGUGAAGAACGCCUCGGUCGCCGGUGCGGCCUUGGGAACAGGGGCGAAUCAGGUGGGCAGCGCCCCCAGCGACGGUGCGGCAGCGAAAAUGCGCAAGCCCAUCCCCGGCCAACUCAACCCCGUGAGAGCGCAUGGCUUUUGCUUCGGCUUCGGGGCGGAUGGCGUUGGCCUCCCCCAGAAGCUGCACGACAAGUUUGCCGGCAAAAACGGGUUUGGGGACGGGCCAAUUACGGAGGGCGGGUGCGAGAUCCCAAACUUCAGCGAGGCGGGUGUGACGAAGGGCAAAUCAACGUGGCAGCUCGAUGAGCACGACAACCUCAUCCUGCCCGUCCACAGCAGCAUUGAAACUGAGGGUCACCCGAGGUGCCAACUCGGCGGUUGUGUGCCGGUCGAGAAGGUGAACGAGUCAUGGCGACUGUGCCACUGGGCGCUGAAGUACAUCCUCGCUAGGAGGAUCGUACAAAGGAUAUCGCAGAGCCAACGCCACAACGGCGCUCCGGCAAAGAGCCGCGCCAAGGGGAGGAAGGAGUGAUAGGGUUCUCGUUUCCACCAUGUAGAUAGCGCUCCUCGCAGAUGAAGUCUGGAGGGGAGAAAUAUCGAGAAUAUCGGCACAUGGCCCCGAUUGGAUCGAUCGGUGGCAAGCAUACUUAGCACCCUACGCCCAGGUCGAAUCACCGACACUUGAAUCCGGUUAUCUACCGUCUAGUAGAACACGAGAGAUGUGGUGUUUUUACGUUUCCCGUUACCAUGUAUGUAGUAGAUUUCAGGUACAUUCAGUGUUUGUGUCCUCAAUGGGGAAUGGUUUGAAGGUUGAUUUAACGAUCGCCACCCGAUUGAAUGUGAUUUGUCUUGGAUUAUUGGUGAUUUUACGGUUGGAUUUCGACCAUUUCGAUUGACACGCGAUCGGUAGCCGUCGAACAAGUGUUGUUCGGCGUAUUCGACUUGUGGGUUUAUCGUGUAUGCGGGGGGGAACAAUGAAACAUUAGGGGAUCAAAAUGCCACACCCUUUUUGGCUUUGAUUGGAUCAAAGGCAAUCAUGGUAUCACCCUUCUCUCUCCGUGUAGCAAAUUGCCCGGUCCGCACAACAACACAACCGUAGAACGGGAUGGGAGAUUGUUUGGCGGUGCGUACUCGCUGGGCCGAGUAUACAUGUAUGUAUCAUUAGCGGGUCGUGUGAGCCCUUUUGAAUUUUGUCGUUUGUGGAGAUUUACCGAUGUUGACGCGUACUUCGGACGUGUGCGCGUUGUGACGUUGAGAAGGCAAGAAGUUGCAUAUGUAUACUCAUGGAAACGUUGCAAAAACGGCUCGAGAUGGCUGGCGCGACGGAGCAAUGAGCAGACUUGCACAACCAACUACAAUUAUUUUGCCUCGUGUUUUUGUCGUUUUGUUCCUGUGCUCGACUGUGUCUUCAAUUUACCUCAUGAGGGACAUUUUUUACGACCACCCACCGUACUUUAGAUGGUCAAUGGCUACCCGUGGGCUGUUUAGGGUUCGUGCAUGCGAAUCGAUGUUGUUGUGUCAAUGGGCCCUGUGUUAGGGUGCUCUGGUGUGUUACAUUUCGACCCAGUCAUCAAAUGUAUGUUCAAAUGAGCCGGGUCGACGGAGCGAUUGUGAUUGUUUUGUUCGAAACUUUGAUUUGGUAUUAUUUGUAUUAUUAGAUAUAAGAACAUUUGAUGUCUACCGCAAGUGGUGUUGUGGGUUCAUACAUGGAAGUCAAAACGAGCUCUGACUUGUACGAAGAAUGGCUCUUCGGUGGCGUUGAAGUGAUGGGGAAUGGAAAGAGACCACCCGCAGGCUUCCUGCAUAGAUUAGCUUGAGUCGUGCCAACUGAAGUUUUUUCGUCUCCCUUUAUCAUUUAUGAGUCCGAUACAUAUAUAUAUAUUUUGGUCGGCAGAUUCAGCGUGUAUAUUCUCACUCGGAGGUGGUUUUGAAGGUGAUUAGUCGGCGGUUAUUCGUAACUUUACUGUGGGAUUUCGACCAUGCAUUGUAUGCGAAAUGUUUUGGAGUACAAAAAGCGUUGUGUGUUCGUUCAUACAUGAUGGUCAAGAUGAACGAGUGCCUGGGGUUUUAGUCGGGAACACAGUUCUCUUGUGACUUGAUUGUAUCAUUGUACUGUGUGUGGAUAUUGUGCGAUCGUGCGCAUUUUUUUCCUCUAUCUGGGUCACCAAAGGUGAUCAAUUAGGAGCCUUCGGGUUUAGAGUUCACUGUGUUGACCGUGUUGCCUACG